AUGGGGUGGCUCCGCUCCCUCUUCUCCCCCCUGAGGAAGAUCAUUGUCCGCGCACAUUCGGCGCGCAAAUACCGGAGGGGGAUGAGGAUCCUGUACAAGGACGUCAAGUCCUGCGAGGACGAAGAUGUGCACGUCCUGUGGUCCAUCCUGGUCGACUCGCACCGCCACCCGGCCAUGGUGAAGCUGAAGCUCUAG